AAUUACUUGAUUAAUAUGCCUCUGAAAGUGUGGUCUAAGUUUUCGGUGAAAAAGGGCGGUAAUGUUAUCAAUCUACGUAUCGUAGAUAUGCCUAACAAUCUUUACGAAAAGGUUACAAACUUAUACAUGAACUAUUAUGUGAAAGAGGAUCCUAUUUUUAAAGCUUCUGGUCUUCUAAAAAGUGCAGCGGCCUUAGAGGAACUUCGUGAGAUGAUGCAAAAAUUCACAAAGGGAGACGGAUUGCACUCUGCCAUAUGUUGUAUUGACAACGGAGACGACCAGGUCAAUGACCCCAUUGCUGCUUCCAUGAUGGCGUUGACGAACAAAGGAGAUCCUGAACCUAAGUUUGAAUUAAAAACAGAAGAAAUAAAGAAAAUGUUCGAAAUCUAUUACGGUAUGGAAGCUCAGUUUAGUGAGCAAAAGGCAGUCAACUUGGACCGUUACUAUAGUGACAGAGGAACCUUUCUGAACUCUGAAUACAAGGACCUUGGUAUACUGCAAGAGUUACUUAAAGUCAGGCGACUCAUCUGCAAAGAGCAAGGAAUACCAAAGCACGGAACUUGGAUGACGUCACAAGACUUGCAAAGCGCUGCAGAGGCCGAUGGUUGGGAGACUGCAUACGAGAUCAAGUUUGAAGAUCUGGGAAAACAAUAUGGCGUCGCUUUUGACAAGGAGCCUGCUUCUGCUAAAUUUAUGAUUGUUAAAAUCUAAAAUACUAUUAACUUAGUAAUUUAAUGACCCUUAAAAUUGAUUAAAAGGAAUAGCUUAGCUUUAUCAAUAAAAAAAAUGUUUUCUUAUUUCAAAUGUUUUUGAGGAAUAAAUGCUGUUUUGAUGAAAA